UUGAACGCAACACGGGUUGUAACCACCAUCACAGUCAGUGGCUCAUCAUCCCCCACCAAGGUGUUUAGGCAGUUACACCCAUUCUCACCUUGCGUUUAUUUUAACCUUUUUGAUACAUAUUUCUGCUUGACAUCUCGGGGGUUCGGCAGCAUGAAGGGAAUCCGGGUUUUCGCGCUUAUCUUGGUGGUUUCCGUGUCUCUGCUGUGCACAGCCGAAGCGGCCAGGAGCAGGACCAGCAACCAGAACAGCUUCCGACGGGCAGCGAACGUCAUCUACCAGACCCUCAGCAGUGUUUUCGGAGAAGACAACAUCAGAGGGUUAUACAAGUUUUUCUCAAAAACCACGGAGAGGUUUGUCCAUGGAGUGGACUCUUUUCUUGACACCAUCUGGAAGAUCUGGUCAGAUUUGCUGGAUGUGAUGGGCAUUGACUCCUCUAACCUGAGCCACUACUUCAGCCUCACAUCCCUCACCAACACUCCGGCCCGCGCCCUGCUCCUGGUGGCAGCUGUUCUUGUGGCCUACUGGUUCCUCACAAUGUUCCUGGGGGUUUUCUUUUACCUUCUGCACGGUGUGUUCGGCCGCUUCUUCUGGUUGGCACGUGUCUUGCUCUUCGCCCUGUCCUCCCUGUACAUCCUGCAGAAGUUUGAGGGUGACCCUGAGCGUGCGGUGCUGCCUCUUUGCUUCAUCAUGGCUAUGUACUUCAUGACAGGGCCUGUGGGAGCGUACUGGCGCCGGGGAGGAGGGGCAGGUUCACUGGAAGAGAAAAUCGACCACCUGGACACUCAGAUCAGGCUGCUGAACAUCAGGCUGAGCCGCGUCAUAGACGGCCUGGAACGCACCGCGGAUCAGUAGGUAGCAGCGAGCAGGGAGGGAGGGGAUAUUUUACAAGCUGCUGCAGUUGAUGUCCGUGUGUUUCCUGUACACAUCUGCAGCUACGCAACUACUGGGUAUUUAUAACUCUAUUGUAAGAUGGGGGACUAAACUAGAUUUGAAAACAGUAUUUUAUCUGCUUUAGUUGAUUUUAGUCACAGAAUACCUUCAAAUCCUCAGAGGUUUGGACAGUUGACUUGGAGCUUACGCAAAUCAACCAAACAACUAUUUUUGCUUUUAUGAUUGUCUCAAUGAUUGAAAGGUUUUUGCUUAAUUCAAGAGGAAGAUAUAUGACAAUAUAAAAUGUUUUCUAUAUGCUGGUCUAAUACACCUCAGCUACUUUAAGAAACGCCCACUAUUGGGUUUGGAUUUUUGGUAUUUGGAUAAGCGUUGUCAAUGCUUUUCCUAGAUCAGGAAUCAUCUUAUGUAUAUUUGUUUGUUUCUAUCCUUGUGAAUAACCUGGGGUUUAAGAUUCUUACACAGGUGUCCACAAGCAUUUCCCCCUUUUUAAAACUAUUGAAGUAGCGAAGGGUUUGGCGGUAUGAUGCGAGGGACCGAUACAAACAUUGUAUUUCUAAAACGUUAAAAAUCUCAAGACUUUAGAUAGUUGGUUUAUAGUAAGAUUUAUUUCAUUCUCCAUCCGAUAAAAACAUGUAGAUCUAGUUGGAAGUCACCGUCCCAUAGUGGCAAUAGUUUGACGUCAGGACCUCUUUUUCAUUGUGUGUUUGUAAAUGUGAAAAGGAGCAUGAGCAAACACAUCUGGGUGACCUACUUGAAUGUGUGUGCAAAUGCAUUUGUGUAUGUGUUUGUAUGUGUGUGCGUUUCAAGCUUGUGAAAUGGAAAAGCACUGUCACCAUCAGACCAGCAGAAAAUGCAGACAGGCAGCAAUAUCUCAGGGACUCAACCAACGCAUAUAGAAUUGGAAAAGAGAUAUCAAGUGUUUUAAAAUCACGUCUUGGUCCAUUUGAGUCAAUGCUUUUUCAGAUAUGAUUUAAAAUCUGUUUCAGUAAGUUACAAAACAUAUUGAGAAAUCUGGUGUGCAGUCUGUGUUCUUGCUUAAUGUUGAAAUUGCAGAGAUUGGUUCAUGUAUGAUGUCAAGACCAAACCCACCUUUUUGAUACUAUCAUGGACUUGUGGCAGGGAUUUUAAGUGCAGCUAGUGGUAAAUAGUCUGUUUCAAAUGUGGGGAAACAUUGGUAAGAUUAAAGUUUGAAUCAAAUUAUCAAGACAAAAUAAUUUGGAGAAAAAAAAAAUCUACUUUUGAGUCAAAUGUCUUUUUGAAUGAGGAUUUAUUUUUGUGUAAAUUGUGUGAAAUUCUCAACCUGGUUACAAAAUACAUUAGGUGUAGUGCCUUUUGAUCCUGUGGCAAAAAUACAAACAUGUAUUAUACAACUCAAUUUGACUAUGAAGCUGUACAUUAUUUAAAUUGUUUCACGUUAGUAUGUAAUGAAUGAUCUUACUGGUAACUUAAUGAAAGAUUUACAACCAGCUGACUGAUGCUUACAGUAUAUCAUUGUACUAAAACUGCUCUCUACACAGGUGUUUAGUACUGUAGCUAGCUCGUUAGGCUUUUAUGUCUUUCUUACUUCUGCCAAUAUAUUUUUAAGUAUUUCUCAUCAUGUGCCGUCCUAAAAAGACUGGGAUGCUAUGCUUCUCUUUGUUUUAUUCUGUAUAUCUUCAUCUUUUCAUCUACCCUUGGCAGAGCUUUUUGAUAUUUCAAUUCUUAGAAUCUGCACUUUGUAAAUGCAUGUUUUAUACAAAAGUGACCCUAAUACUGUGCACAUUUUGGGACUUUUUUUUCGCUUUUCAGUUGUUUAAGGAAGAUUGACUAACAAAGGACAUGUCAUACAGACACCUAGCGCUGUGGCUAUGUCUCAGCACAUUCAGAUAAUUACCAAUGUAUUAGACCUAUUGCCUAUCAUCCUGUCUUGAAAUUAAGUCCACAAAAUGCAACAAAAAAGUGUGUAUCAAAUUAUUGAAAAUCUCACCUCAAGCAACCAGUUCCAUCAUUGCAGUAACUCCCCCCGGUAGCCCAUAUAGCCAGAGUAAUCUAGGAUUUCUUGCAUGCUGAUUUAGUACUUCUAAUGUUUUGUUGCAUUGUUGUUGACUGCUUAGGUAGAGGACCAUUCCAAAAUGUGAUUUGUGAUGAGUUUGAUAAGUGAAUUAUUUUAGGGAUAUGUAUUAUGAGUCUUUUUUCAACUUUUGCACUGAUGCUGUACUGUAUAGACCAAAUGAUCAAACAUGUGGUCUAUAUUUUAUAAGACCUAACUGUAUCAUGUAUGAUAUUAAAGGAUGGUAUUCACCUAGUUUUUAAAACGAUCAUGGCCCUAAAGUUAGGAUGUUGAGCGCUUCUUAUUGGGUGUUGUCUUUUAGACACUGAAAACUGAAGGAUGUUGACUCAAAUGAGUUGUCUCUGGCAACAAAAACAUGUUAGUUUGUGAGACAAAAAACAGCUUAAACACAGAAAAAUACAUUGCAACUACAGUAGCUGCAGGCCUGCUCAUGUACCACUUUACAUGUUCACGUGGUGUUGAAAGAUGCCAGUGGAUCUUUCUGUUGACAUCUCUCAAUAAUGUAUUAAAUACUGCGUCCAGAUUAUAUUUAUUCUCUGAUGAAACUGCCUGAUGAAUGGCUAGUAAUUCUGUUAUUGUACUGUAUCCUACUUUUAGCUAUGAUUCCAUGUGGCCUGUUUUAGAAUGCUGUGCCAAUUAUGUAUAUUUUUGUUGAUUUCAAUGCAAUUUAUGUAUGUUUGUUUUUAUUUCAUCAAUAUGUUUAGAUCUGGCAAGCACCGAACUGUUCUGCUUGCUGUUGUCUGUGUCUUGGCUAAAUGGUUCUUUUUUUGUCAGUGAAAAUGAGGUCCAGAUUUGAAUAAAUUACACCACAGUAUGACAAA